UUUUCCGCGUCCGCCCGGUUGUCCGCCGCUCGGCCGACGUUUCACCAAUCGAACGGGCAUACGCGCGCUUUUCCGCCGCCGCCGCCGUCGUCGUCGUCGUCGUCGCCGUCGCCGUCGUCGCUGCCGGGCCGCAGACAUGUAUGGAUAACAUCAUAAUACCUACACAAGGUAUAGCCCAGAAAACAUCACUAUGGCACCAACACUGCCAGAGUGGGCUUCCAUUGUCAAGAACAAAGUUCUACGAAUAUUUCAGGACUCAAAUCAACAACAAUACGAUGAGUUCGAAUUCGCAAACAAAUCACAUUUAGAAAAGUCUUCCAUUCCCUACACUGAAGAUUAUUCGGGUAGUGGUGAAUUCGGUUUACAAAGUCCUACCGAGUCGUUGUCUUCGCCCGUUCGCCCACCACUCAGGCACAUCGAUAAAUACAUUAAACCGGAAAUACCAAAUCUUAGCAAGAGAUAUACAAUAGCUAUACUAACAUGCGUCGGUUUUAUGAUCUCAUUUGGGAUGCGAUGCAAUAUGUCAAUGGCCAAACUGAAAUUUCACAUAGGAUCCGAUGAUGAUGACGUCGCUAGUCAGAAUAUCACUACGACUACAGCCCACACGCCCUUGGGCAACACGCCGAUUCACGAAAGGCCGAUCAACUGGUCCCUUGGAUCCUUUGUCGCCAUCGAGAUGUCAUUCUUUUGCGGAUAUCUCAUCACUCAAGUGCCCGGUGGUUUUCUGGCGUCCAUGUAUCCGGCAAACAGAGUAUUCGGGAUCGCUAUUGCCAUGUCGUCCUGUCUGAAUCUGUUGGUGCCUUCGGCGACGGAGAUCGAAAAAUCUUUGUACGUAAUAAUCAUCAGGAUGUGUCAAGGACUGGUUGAGGGUGUCACGUAUCCGGCUUGUCACGGAAUCUGGAGACACUGGGCACCGCCGUUGGAAAGAUCGCGUCUGGCCACCAUAGCCCUGUGCGGUUCGUACGCGGGCGUGGUGGUUGGCAUGCCGCUGUCUGGUACACUGAUCGACUGGUUCAGCUGGGAGGCACCGUUUUACGUAUACGGAGUGUUGGGGUUGAUAUGGUAUGUGUUCUGGCUGUGGUUAUGCUUCGAGAAACCGAGCCUCCAUCCCACCAUAUCUGCUAGAGAGUUGAACUACAUCGAAUCGUCGUUGGGCGCCGCUAAACAGUCUGCCGCUCCGACAAUCCUUAACACACCUUGGAAAGAAUUUUUCACCUCCAUGCCCGUGUACGCCAUUAUAGUCGCUAACUUUUGCCGAUCGUGGAACUUUUACCUCCUCGUACUGUUCCAGGCAUCAUACCUACACUCGUUCAACUUCGAAGUGUCUGCAACUGGUUAUAUCGGCGCUCUACCUCAUCUGCUGAUGACCAUAGUGGUACCACUCGGAGGUCUGCUGGCCGAUCACAUACGGAAAAACGGUAUCUUGUCCACGACUGCUGUCAGGAAGAUUUUCAACUGCGGUGGUUUCGGUAUGGAAGCCACGUUUUUCCUCGUGUUGGCCAAUGCUCGCACACCGCUCAUGGCCACAAUCGCUUUGACAUGUGGUGUGGCGUUCAGCGGGUUCGCCAUUUCCGGGUUCAACGUUAAUCAUUUGGACAUUGCGCCGAGAUAUGCCAGUAUACUGAUGGGCAUAUCGAACGGAAUCGGAACGAUAGCCGGACUCCUGUGUCCGAUUGCAAUCAACAUCAUCAUCAGACACAAGACAAGGCAGAGCUGGAGUGAGGUAUUCAUACUGGCAGCCGUCAUUCACUACAUUGGAGUGAUAUUCUAUGGUAUAUUCGCAUCGGGAGAAUUGCAACCAUGGGCCGAACCCAAAGUGGAAGAAGAUCAACAAAUGGAUGAGGUGAACGUCGACAAGAAGAAUAAGCUAUCGUCGUACGGCUCAGUCGAACAGUCGUCGGGCAAGGGGUUCGUGAACGCUGGCCUGAACACCAAGAGCAGCGUUGGCGAUACCGAACCAGCGCCGCCAACCGACAACCCAACAAAUCCGUUCCUGGCCAAGCCCGCCGCUGCCACCGUCACCACCAAUCCAUUCGUUACGUCCGAAUGAUAACUUUGUAUCUGUUUUGAUGUAACGGAUAAUUCGAGUUCGGAUCGCACUGUCGUGGCGUCGAUUAUUAUCAUUACACGGAUAUUAUAUAAUAAUAUAAUAAUAUUAUAUAUACGUCGGUACUUCGCGAGCAAUAAUAAUAUGCGUAGUCUCGAUUAUGUUUUCUCUUGUGUAGUUGUUUUUUAGGUAUUAAAAUAAUAAUUAAAGUAGACAAUAAUAUUAUUACAAUCGAUUUCUCUCAGUCAUAUGAUUUUGGUAAUAAUUAUUGCGUAGUAAUAAUCAUAGUAAGAAUAAUAAUAAUAGUAUUAUCGUACUCACUCAUCUUUGCAUCUAUAUUAUACUGAAUUAUAAUAUUAUAAUAUAAUAGAACCUAGAACACGAAUUUCGCGUUUAUCGAUAAAAUUUAGUGUAAAUCGUAAUAAAUAUGCAUUUAUCGAUGUUUCUUUAUUUAUUAUCUUAAUAUUAUUAUAAUAUACUGUCAAUUUCUUUUUAUACGAUAUUGAAUAAUAGAUACCGUCUUGUAACGGAUGUUAAAUAGGUAUAUUAUUAUACAUAUUAUAAUGUUUCAUAAAGCUUUGUCGACUCGAAAGCACUCGGCCACAAAAUGAUAAUAAUAAUAAGUAAUAUUUUAAUAUAUUUUAUAGUUUUAUGAAAGUAGUAGGUACUUUAAAUUAUAUCCGAAAUUAUGGUACUUACGUAUAAGCCGGUAUCUGAUUUCUCACUAUUUUCGAAAAGUAUUUAACUCGACAAAUAUUAAUAUUAACAGUACGUAAAAAAAUGUAAUAAUAAUUAUGAAUUAAAAAUGAAACAACAUUAUUCUAGUCGAACAAGCAAAAUAAAAAAUUAAUUUCGUUUUUGAAGGAAAAUUUGCAGUUCCAAUAAAAAUUUUAUUAGUAAAAAGGUGGGCUUACACACUAUUAUGUCGUCGGUAAUAAUAUGAUGAAUGUUGUUUAUUUGUUCAUAAAUUCUUGGUCUCCUAGUUAGGUGUGACUCUGAUGUUUAAACGCUCUGAAAAUUUUACCAGUAGUGUAAUUGAUAAUCAUUUGGCCACUAUAACUGGACGUCAACAGAAUAUUUUUUAACUUUAUGAUAAUAUACCUAUCCGGUUACAUGGUAUGAUAUUUUAAAAAGUUAAUCACAACUUUCAGUCAAUUAAAAUAUUAGGAUUUUAACACAUUGUGUUAAAUCAUGGGCGACAUCAUGAUAGAGUGUAAAGGCGCUUAUUUAGAAAUAUUGUAAUUUUUGUUAAUGGUAGGUACAUUGUAUGGUCCAUUUUAAAGUCAGACACUCAUUAUUUAAAAAACUAUUUAUGUUAUUAAAAAUAUUUGUACAUAAUUUAUGAUCAUCAAAAAAUAAGAUUGUUUAAAAAAAAAAAUGAAUAUUUUUGAAAACUUUAUUAAACGGCAACACGCAUCUUAUAAUAUUUAAUCAAAAACAAAAUAUCUUAUGUAGUAUUUCGAUACAUAAAAAUCAAAUUUUGAACGUAUAAGUUAUGAGUUAUACGAAUUUCAAUUUUAGAUGAACGGAUUAGGUGGUACAGUGGGUACUUGUGUAGGUAUUCUUCAAAGUAUUAGUCUACUACGUAACUUUAAAUACAAAUAACUAAUAAACUACUUGCCAGAAAUUUGGUUAAUGGUUAUUAUUAUACAUGGAAAUAUUCUGUUUAUGAAUAUGUAGAUUAAAAAUAUAUGUUGUCAUUCAAAAGUGUACACUUAAGAAUUAUAAUUUUUCAAAAAAUGUUGUUUUUGUAACAUUUCAUCGAUUAUGUAUGAAAAAUAUUUUCAAAAAUGUGUUCUCUGAAAUAAUGAGUGUCUUACGUUAAAUCGAUCAUUAUGUAUUCAGUAUUGACAUCUGUAGGAAUCCGGUUAAGAUAUAUAUACCACUAUUAUAAUUAGUCCUCUGAGAGAAUAAAACCAGUAUUCAUGAACCACAGAUUUAUAAAUCUGUGUCGUGAACACGACUAUGAACCCUCUCAAUAUCUUUUAUCGAGAUAUCUUGCUGGUGGGAUCGCUAUGAAUGGCAUAUACCGGUAGACACAUCGGUUGAUAACGGUAUUCUCUCCGUUGGCGGAAUAAUAAUUUUUAAUAUAAUUUUAUUAAUGUUAUAAUAUUGCUACAUAAUAACAUUAAGCAUCAUUAUAAUCCGCCGACAAUAUGUAAGUAUCAUAAAUUCAUAAAUUACGAUGACGACGUUCGCAUAAUAUUGUAUACUGUCAAUUUCUAUUUAUACCAUGUAAUAAUAGACACUAUUCCAUAAAUAAUAUUAAACAAUAAUAUUACGUUUUAAUAAGCUUCGUCGGCUCAAAUACGCUCGACCGCGUUUAAUAUAUUAUAAUAAUUAUAGGUAGGUACUAGGUGUUAGGUUCUAUAAUAGGCGUAGGUUAAGUUAGACUUACUCGAACGGUUGUUAUAAUGCACGUUUUUUCUUCUAAUACAAAAUAUUGUAUUAAUAAUGUUUAUUGUUUAUUCUCGGUCAGAAUCGAACGCGUGUUGAAAAUGUGAUCAGCAAUAACGAUGUCGAUGCAUACGAAUAUGCGUUAGGUGGGUGAUAUAUCGAACGAUCAUCUGAAAUUUAUGAGUUGAGAUUUUUGUCCGCCCACACAACGCGAUAAUUGUCCGGCUCGAUGUUUAACUGACACUCAUCGUGUGAUUCGUAAUAAUUAGUAGUUACAUAAUAUUAUUAUAAAACUAUGCAUAAGUAAAAUGGUUGUAUAGAUUAUAACGUCCCUCGUCUAGACGCGAGAACCGAUCAAUGGUUAGUGUGGCAUUAGAGUAAGUGUUAAUAUGUUUUUUUAGCACGUAAAUUAAUAUAGACUAUACUUAAAUACGAAAUAUUUUAAUUUAUAAUAUCUAUAGAUACUAUAAUAUAGUUGUACUAUUAAUAUGUCCAUUGCAUAUUUCGUAUGCGAUGAAAGCCUUUUCGAAAUUCGUCCUACUGUGAUACAAUAUAUUAACAUAUUGUUAUACUACAUAUGCAUGGCGCACGCGAGUCAUGCCUAUAACGGGGGCGAGUGCGCAAUAUAUUUUUAUUCCGAUAAAACCGAAAUGUCGGACUUACGACGAUAAUAUGAUAUGUACGACGGAUAACAGAAUAACAAUAUAAUGUUCUAUUGCCCCCCCCCCCAAAUUGUCUUGACUACAGCCAUAUUUAGAUGAAGUUAAAGGUCGCAACAAUUUCUUUUUUUUUCGAGUAUUAAACGUUUUUUAUUCAUCCUUAUAAUUCCUUCUAGUUCUGUUAUAGUUUUACUUAAAAUCGAUUAAAUUAUAAGAUAUUUUUAAAAGUUUUUUUUUGUAAAAUAUCAAUUAAAAUGUCAUACUAUGAAAUACAAUUCUGUUGAUUUUUUUGCCGAUUAUUAAUUAAUGUAUUAUUUCGUAAACAAAGCCACUAAUAUAUUUGAACAUAAUUUCCUCAAUCAAGUGUUUUAAAAAAAAGUAGUUUAGGUCCGUCAUACACAACACAAAUAUACUGAAUCAAUGAUUCUCCAGAUUUCACGUUUUCUAUCGGUGAUAACUAUUAGGAAAACGAUUGUUCACACGGACAAAUACUACUAGUACAUAUUAUUAUUGUUCAUCAUCAUACAAAAUUUACACGCUGUAAAAAUUAAAAACUAAUACCUAACGAUUUUCUCGAUGUUCGAUCUUAAGUAAAACAAAAAAUUCUAAGAUUUUUAUAACAGUUCAGUUAUGCACAGCGAAUGUAAAAAAUAUACACGUGUUUGGUUGAUUCGCCCCUUUACAUGUAUAUUUUACCGUAAAUGUGUGUGGUAACUGGUAAAUACUUUUCACGCCCAUGGGCCAUGAACAAUGGAUAUAGAAUAAUAAUAUUACAGAAAUAGGUGGUAUAAUGAACCGUCAAAUAUUUCAAAUGUCUCUUUUAGCUUUUAAAUACCUAAAGUUAAAACAGAUAAUCUUUAUUCAUAGUAUAUUGUAUCCAUAAUCAAUAUGAAUAGUUAUAAAUACAGUUCAGGAAUAAAUAAGUUGACGUACCUUCUAGUGAAAUAAUUUAAACGCAGAUGUCACUCGAUUUAACCAAAUUUUUAACGUACAUUUAUUAAUCUUAAAUAAAUUCACCCCUAUUGUUUUAGUUUUACGAAAACUUAUAAGUUUAAAAAUCAUACAAAUAUUAUGCUUAUUAUAGGUAUACGUAUUAAUAUUUAUUAUUAUAUAUUAUUGAUAUGAAAUUAAUUGUUUAUUAAACGAAUAUUUGUAAUUAUUUUAUAAUGUAUUAAUAAUAUUAAAAUAUUAUGUAUUUAUAUAUUAUAUUUAUUUAAAACGGUUAAGAAUUAAUAUUAAUAAUAUACGAUUAAGACAUGAGAUAGCUAUUUCGGUAGUUAUCUCAAGGCUGACACGACAAUAAAUUAGAAUUAAGUUAGGUGUUAAGGAAUUUGUUUUUUUUUUUGUUAUUUUAAUUUAAAUUUUUUUCAGUUUAUAGACUAUAUAGUCAAUUGUAUUGGUUUUGUAUUUUAUUAAUUAUUAUUCUUCGUUGAUUGGUUAGGUAUUGUAUUUCAUUUUGUUAUGCUUUUCGGUUAAAACAGUGUUCAGUUACACAUUAUAUAUUUCUCUCAUAACUCUAAACACAACGAUAUGCCUUAAUUCUGACAAUAAUAAGUCGACAAUAAAAUUAUAAUAAUUAAACAUUACGGACGAAUUUAAAUAGCACUCGUUAUGUACACAAAAAUGAUGUUAAAGUCACGCACGAAAGAUGGAAAAAAAUUAUUAUAAUACAUUACCUCAAUAAAUAUUAAUACGCACUAAAAGAAAAAUUAAUAAUAUUUUCACACUGCACUAGUUACUCGAAAAGCACAUACGAAUAAGGUACGUGGACAAUAACAAUGAACGAAAAUAUAUAAUAAUUUGUUAUGUAAUAUUAUAAUAUGAUAGGCAUAAUUUUUUGUUAUAUAUUUUUAAUAUAGGUACUUAAUUAAGUGUAAAUAAUAAUUUAAUAAUAUAAUGUUUUAAGAUUUGUAUGCCAGUUAUAUUAUAUUGUAUAAGAACACUAUUCGAGUUUAGACCAUAACUGUAAGUUAACUUGUAAGUAUAAUAAUUUAAUAAUUAUGAUUGUAUUUUAGGCUAAUCACAAUAAUUCUCGUAUCGCUUGAAGUAAACUUUAAAGUAUAGAUGCUCCAUGAGAUAAUUAUUUGUUUUCUAUUAAUUGUUUCACGACAACGGUUUUUAUCUAAUAGUUGUUAAGAUUCAAAAUACGUAUAUAUAAUACUUAUUGCAUCAAUAGUCGCAUACUAGUAUAUAAUGUGAUGGGUAACAACUCAUUCUUCGUUCUAAGCUAAAUACUAAUAAUUCUAUAUAAUAUUUUAAAACAACGAUAUUAUUUUAAUAAUAUAGUACGAUAAUUGUAGGAGAUUCGUUUUUAUAAAAUUUUCACGAUAAUUAAACAUAAUAUACAUAAUAUUAUAUUAUUUAUAAAUUUGUAAAUUAGCGAAGCCUUACUUAAUUCUGUAGCGCAAAAUAAGCGUACAUUGAAAUCCGUUAUUUAUCCUCCAACGUUGGAAAUAAUAUUUCGUACCUAUAUACGCUUAUACAGUAGCACUGGGCAGAUUACAAAUGAUGGACACUGCGUUGUCUGUUAUUAAUUAUUGUUCUGACCCUACUCCAGCAGACUACCAUUUUAGAUGAUAGAACCUCUAGCUAUUUGAAAUUUAAAUUUAUAAUUUUCCAAAUUUCACCUAUUUACGUAUCAAACUUUAAAUUUAAUAUCCAUUUUUUUUAAAUCACGGGAAUUCUUGUGACCCACACCUCACGUCAUCCGAAAUUACGUCCCCGAGUACAAAACUGAAUAAUAUUUAUCAUCGUACUGUAUAUCACGACGAAUAAAUAAUAUUAGUUACUUUAUGAUGAUGUUAUGUUUUUUUGUUAUCUUACGUUUACGCAAUAAUUACUACGGAUAUUGCGAUAAAAAAACCGAUCGGAGAAAAUAAGCGAAGACAUUUUUCUAUAAUCAUUAAGGACAAUUAUUAUUCGUUUAUUCGACUCCGAUAAGUUUUGUUUUACUUAUCAUUCUAAUUAUAUAUAUAUUAUUAUCGUUAUCGAUAUAAAUACCUAUAACAUGUUACUCAUAGGUAAUAUAAUAUAAUAAAAGUAUAUUAUAAUCCGUUCUGUUUUCAACUAAUUGUAACGGUAUUAUCAUGUUGUUUACGAGUCGAAUAUAUUUGUAUAAGUUUUAAGGGGUUAAGACGUUUUAUUUUACCAUUAUAUUAUUAUUGUGCUUAAAAAAAAAUAAUAAUAAUAAUUACCUAUUAUUAUAUUAAACACAUAUACAAUUUAAUAUGUAAAAGUUUCGUUAUACACACUUAGUACCUACCUAAAAUAUUUUACCAUUCUUACAACUUAGCCAAUUAUUCGUUCAAUUUAACUUUAAAUGUAUUUUAGCGUUUCAAGAAUAUUAUGUAUACUAAUCCAUUGUUCUUUGAUCAUAAUAAUAAAACGGUCACUAUAUUUUAUUGUUGUUAACCUUUGUCUCCUUUUGUUGACGGCUAUUACCCGUUUAUACACCAUUAUAUUGUAAUAGUUUAUUAUAGAUUCCAUUAUUAUUAUUAUAAAAAUUAUAAAUACAAAUUUGUAUCCAACGUAUAAUAUUGUAUUAUUAUUGAUUUUAUAAUUCGAUCAAUUUAUUCUAGUGUUAUAUAUAUAUAUACGUUUUCAGUCCUAUUUAUACAAUUUAAAGUAUAUAUUUAAGAAAUGCCAUUAACGAUGUAUAAUUAAUUUACAUUUUAGUCAUGUGUAACAUUUUAAACAUUUUGUUCCAACUCAUAAAACAUUAAAUUAAACAAUUUCGAUUUUAAAUGU